UUCAAAUGAUCAUUCUUUGAUCCUCGCAUGCUACCGUGUAACUGAAACCCUAAGUUUGCAUCGUAUCGAAAACACCAUUUUUCCCAUGGGGGGUUGCAUGUCCAUUGCAACUAAAAAAUUAAAGAAACACAAGAAAAAUGUCAAACCCAUGACCCCCCAACAUCAUGACCUUCAAGCCACAAAAUUACACAUUGGAUCAACGAAAUAUCGUCGACCCGUGCACGUACUCAAAGACUCGUCGGGAAGCGACAUUUUCAAGAGAUAUCGCUUUGGAAAAGAGCUUGGGAGAGGUGAGUUUGGUGUGACGUAUGAAUGUCAAGACAAGGUGAACGGGGAAAAGGUGGCGUGCAAAAAAAUUUCAAAAAGUAGGUUGCGGACAGAGGUUGACAUCGAUGAUGUUAGGAGAGAGGUUGAGAUUAUGAGACAUUUGCCACCGCACCCUAAUAUCGUGAGGUACAAAGAUGUGUUCGAGGAUAAAGAUGCUAUUUAUUUGGUGAUGGAACUUUGCCAGGGUGGUGAGUUAUUCGAUAGGAUCGUCGCUAAAGGUCAUUAUACAGAAAGGGCUGCUGCUCUUGUUACCAAAACUAUUGUUGAAGUUGUCCAGGUAUGCCACAAACAUGGGGUAAUACAUCGGGAUUUGAAACCCGAAAACUUUCUAUAUGCUAACCGAGGCGAAAGUGCUCCCUUAAAAGCAAUUGAUUUCGGUCUCUCCAUCUUCUUCGAACCUGAGCAACGUUUUAAAGAAAUAGUAGGAAGCCCAUAUUACAUGGCUCCUGAGGUUUUAAGACGGAAUUACGGAGCAGAAGUUGAUGUUUGGAGUGCUGGUGUCAUCCUAUACAUAUUGUUAUGUGGAGUUCCUCCAUUUUGGGCAGAAACUGAAGAAGGAAUUGCACAGGCGAUUAUUAAGGGUGACAUAAACUUCCGAAGAGAUCCUUGGCCUCGUGUCUCUGAGGAUGCCAAAAGCCUAGUCAAAGGUAUGCUAGAACCCAUUGCAAGCAAACGUCUCACCGUCGAACAAGUCCUUGGAAGCCGGUGGAUACUAAAUGCCGACAACGUCCCAGAUAUUCCUUUAGGAGAUAAUGUUCGAGUAAAAAUCCAACAGUUCUCUUUGAUGAACAAGUUCAAGAAAAAGGUCAUCAGACUGGUAGCAGAAAAUUUGCCUGACGAACAGAUAGAUGGGUUUAAAAAAUUGUUCCAUGAAAUGGACAAAGACAAGAACGGUGCUCUUACUUUUGAAGAGCUUAAAGAUGGUCUAACCUCAAUUGGAGAUCAACCUGUUGCUGAUCCAGAUAUUCAAAUGUUCAUGGAAGCCGCGGAUCUUGAUCAGAACGGGAUGCUAAACUGUGAGGAGUUUCUGACAAUAGUCGUGCACCUGAAAAAGAUUAGCAACGAAGAACAACUCCGUAAAGCUUUCCACCAUUUUGACAAGAACAGAAAUGGGUACAUUGAGUUUGAUGAGUUGAAAGACUGUUUGUUCGAUGGACAUCUGGAUCAACACAAUGAAAAAAUGGUCCAUGAAAUAAUAUUUGAUGCUGACCUAGAUAAGGAUGGACGGAUUAGUUACCCAGAAUUUGCAGCAAUGAUGACAACAGGAAUGGAUUGGAAAAUGGCUUCUCGACAGUACUCGAGAGCGAUGCUUAAUGCAAUUAGCAUGAAGAUGUUUAAAGACCAAUCUGUAAAAUCAAUAACCUGAAUGAGUUACCUUUUUGGGUUGUACAUAUUCGUGAUGUGACGAAAACAGCUUAUAAAAGGCGAACGGUUUCACGUGAAA